ACCGCCCUCUCUCCUCCUCCUCCUUCUUCUCAUCACGUUACUCGUCUCGCAGGCUGUCCACGAUGGCUACCGCGUACUACGAGUUCUACCGAGGUUCAUCGAUCGGGAUGGCGUUAACCGACUCACUGGACGAGCUAAUCACGAGCGGAGCGAUCACCCCACAGUUGGCGAUGAAAGUGUUGCAGCAGUUCGACAAAUCGCUGGCAGACACACUGGUCGGGAAGGUCAAGUCGAAGUCGACGCUCAAGGGCCAUCUGAAGACGUACCGUCUCUGCGACGACGUGUGGACUUUCAUCGUCAAGCAGCCGCAGUUCAAGAUGGAGGGGAACGAGCUCGUCAAUGCGCCGCGGAUCAAGAUCAUCGCGUGCAAACACGGGGAUGCGCUUGAUCCUGCACAGGGCAAGAAGUAGGGCCCUGCUGAGGUAUAGGGAAUGGACGCUGGUAUCGAGAAACAGUCUUGAAUAUGGCUCGGUUUCGUUUAGACAACUGCCAGGCCCUUGUACAUGUACCAUUCUGCGAUCAUGAGAAUGCGACUGGAAUGCCUUCA